AUGAGCAUCUUUCCCACGCAUAUUCUGUCAAACCGUCAAGGUCGCUCCGAUUCCCUUCGGAGGACGUUCCUGCAGGCUAAAGUCAGCAUCCGACGUCAGACCUGGGAGCCCAUUGGACGGGUCUUGCGCCGCUGGACCUGCAAGACAGAGGCUUCUUUGAGCUUCGUCCGCCUUUGA